CGCUCUGGGCGCCUCCCGGGGUGGCGGCAGCGGCGGCGGCGCCCGUGCCUCCUGCAGCCAGCGCGGCGUAGCGGCUGGAGGAAGAUGGAGACCCACAUCUCGUGCCUGUUCCCAGAGCUGCUGGCCAUGAUCUUCGGCUACCUGGACUUCCGAGACAAGGGUCGCGCGGCGCAGGUGUGCACGGCCUGGCGGGACGCCGCCUACCACAAGUCGGUGUGGCGGGGCGUGGAGACCAAGCUGCACCUGCGCCGGGCGAACCCGUCGCUGUUCCCCAGCCUGCAGGCCCGGGGCAUCCGCCGCGUGCAGAUCCUCAGCCUCCGCCGCAGCCUCAGCUACGUGAUCCAGGGCAUGGCGAACAUCGAGAGCCUCAACCUCAGCGGCUGCUACAACCUCACUGACAAAGGCCUGGGUCACGCGUUCGUGCAGGAGAUCGGCUCACUGUGCACUCUCAACUUGAGCCUCAAGCAGAUCACCGACAGCAGCCUGGGCCGCAUCGCUCAGUACCUCAAGGGGCUGGAGGUACUGGAGCUGGGGGGCUGCAGCAACAUCACCAACACAGACCUUCUGCUCAUCGCCUGGGGGCUGCAGCGCCUCAAGAGUCUUAACCUCCGCAGCUGCCGCCACCUCUCGGACGUGGGCAUCUGGCACCUGGCCGGCAUGACGUGGAGCGCUGCCGAGGGCUGCCUGGGCCUGGAACAGCUCACCCUGCAGGACUGCUAGAAACUCACGGAUCUCUCCCUGAAGCACAUCUCGCGAGGGCUGACGGGCCUCAGGCUCCUCAACCUCAGCUUCUGCUGCGGCAUCUCGGACGCGGGCCUUCUGCACCUGUCGCACAUGGGCAGCCUGCGCAGCCUCAACCUGCGCUCCUGCGACAACAUCAGCGACACGGGCAUCAUGCACCUGGCCAUGGGCAGCCUGCGUCUCUCCGGUCUGGAUGUGUCUUUCUGUGACAAGGUGGGAGACCAGAGUUUGGCUUACAUAGCCCAGGGACUGGACGGCCUCAAGUCCCUCUCCCUUUGCUCUUGCCAUAUCAUUGACGAUGGCAUCAACCGCAUGGUGCGGAAGAUGCACGGGCUGCGCACGCUCAACAUUGGACAGUGUGUGCGCAUCACGGACAAGGGCCUGGAGCUGUUCGCGGAGCACCUGAGCCAGCUCACAGGCAUAGACCUGUAUGGCUGCACCAGGAUCACCAAGCACGGCCUGGAGUGCAUCACGCAGCUGCCCUGCCUCAAGGUACUUAACCUGGGACUCUGGCAGAUGAUGGACAGUGAGAAGGUGAGGUGAGGGCGGCAGUUCCAUUUCCCUGCCCCGCCCUGCUCACCCCACGACCACCACUGUUCCCGCACACUUACAUGCGCACUUACACGUUCAUGGCAGUGGCCGCGAUGGGGCCACGACGCAAAGCCUGGGCUCUUUUCUCCUAGGGCGCCCCUCCCCACUGCAUCUGGGGUUCUUCUGCUCCCUCUGCCCACUCUCCUCUCCUCUCCCAGUGGGUGGAGAGAUGGACGCUGCUGCUUCUCUGCCCACUCUUCUGCAGGGUAUGGAGACUGAUUCAGCCACCGC